CGAUGAUUACUUGAGCCACUCUCGUCAAAAAAUUGACAUGCUCACUGUCAUGGUGCAGCAUGCCCAGGAUAUUAUCACCAAAGGCGGGGCGGAUACGGAGUACGAGGUGCCAGUAACAAACGGAGUUGAAACGUUCGUAUCCAUGACAGUUCCACGUUUUACAGACGACCAGUUCAGUCAGCAUUUUCGUAUGACAAGAGCCACAGUUGAGAUGCUUUCCAAAGAAACAGCUGCACAAAUGAAAAGCUCAUCAUCAUACAAAAUACCACUUAUGACAAAGAUUUUGAUGGCGCUGUGGAUCCUCGGGAAUGAAGAGUCAUAUAGGGAAGUAGGAAACCUCUUUGGUUGCAACAGAGGCCUGGUGUUCUACAUCGUUCAAGAAAUGGUAACAGUGUGGAGCAAGAUAGGUACACAACGGAUUUCGUGGCCAACAAACCUUGCCCUGGUCUCUUCGGAAUUUCAACAAAAAUGGGGAUUUCCCGGUACAAUUGGUGCCGUUGAUGGGUGCCAUAUUGCCAUUAAGGCCCCUGUUGUUGAGCAGAGUGCAUACUACAAUAGGAAAGACUUUCAUUCGGUGAUCCUCCAAGGAUGCUGUGACGCAAACCUAAUUUUCACGCACGUGUACAUUGGGUCCCCUGGGAGGAUGCACGACGCUAGAGUGUACACCAACUCUGGUCUCGAGGAAUUGCUCAAAGAGCUACCAGGAGAGAUGCAUGUGCUUGGAGAUUCUGCUUACCCACUGCGAACAUAUUUGAUGAGACCUUUCAAAGACAACGGGCAUCUCUCAAGUAGGCAGCAGACCUUCAACACAAAGUUAAGCAGGGCACGCAGCGUUAUUGAACGUGCUUUUGGCAGGUUGAAAGGUAAAUUUCGUGUACUAAAACAUCUGGACAUGAGCCGCCAAGACCUCAUUUUGAAGUUUGUGAUGUCAGCAUGCUUUCUCCACAACUUCAUCUUGGUUAAUGAAUGUGAUAAUGAUAGUCAGGAUUAUGAGCCAGAGGGCAGGCACCAGGCCCCCUCAGAUAGCAAUGACGAGGACAGCAGUGGCCAGGAAAAACGUCAGCGAAUUAUGGACAUGAUCUGUUAAGAAAGAUAGGGUGUUAGCUGUCACAAUACAAAGUGCAAGACAAACAUGGCACU